AUGUUUCGAGCCAUGUAUUGCCCCAGCCGUGUCCUGUGCGGCAGAACACCGAGACUAGCCGACCGGUCCCUCUUGCAGUCGCUGUCAUUGACUCGACGCGGUUUACUUACACAAAGCUAUGCGCGCGGUCCAACAGAGCCUCCGCUAUUCGAAACCACAAUUGGAGAGCACUUUGCUAAAAUCGUCCAACAGUAUGGAGACAGGACAGCGGUCACCUACUCUGGCCUCGACGCUAAGAGUAAUGCACUCGCACGAGGACUGCAAUCCGUGGGCGUCAAGAAGGGAGACCGUGUUGGAGUGAUGCUGGGGAACUCGAUGGAACAUGCGACUGUGCCAAUCAACCCCUCCUUCAAUGCAACUCAGGUCGUCGCGGCCCUGAGCCAUCUAGGGACAAGCCACCUGAUUAUAAGCACCGAGUCCAAUCUGCCCAGGAAGCAACCACGCAGCAACAUCCCUCUCCUCCGCCACCUAGUCCAGGACCUCUACGCGUCCAAGCUCGAGUCCGCCGUCGUUCCAACGCUGCAGAAGAUCAUCCUCGUCGACAACUCCACGGACCGCAUCAACACCAACAGCUCCCUCUUUUCCUUCAAAGCCCUGACCCCUUACAAGUCCAUCACGUCCCUCAACCCUGCGGACGGUGCUGCGCUCCCUGAGCAGAACUUGACUCCCAAUGAAAUUGUUAACAUCCAAUUCACCUCCGGCACCACCGCCAUGCCCAAGGCAGCCUGUCUAAGCCACCGCUCCAUCCUGAACAAUGGCGCCCAGAUCGGCGACCGCAUGCGCCUCUCGCCAGCCGACACAGUCUGCUGUCCGCCGCCCCUCUUUCACUGUUUCGGCUCCGUCCUGGGCUACAUGGCUACAGCGACGCAUGGGUCGGCCAUUGUUUUCCCCGCAGAAGCUUUUAAUGCCAGGGACACCCUACGCGCCGUCCAGGAAGAACAGUGCACAGCCCUCUACGGUGUGCCAACAAUGUUUCUCGAAGAGCUCGGGCUCCUGGAAUCAGGCCAGGUCCCACACAAGGGAUUUGAAUAUCUCCGUACCGGCAUAGCGGCAGGAAGCAGUAUCCCCGCUGAACUGAUGAAAAAGCUUCACAAGACGUUGAAUCUAACGGAACUGACAAUCUGUUAUGGCAUGACGGAGACGAGUCCCGUGUCUGCAAUGACAACGACAGAUGACCCAAUUGAUAAGAGAAUCAAUACCGUCGGACGUCUGAUGCCGCAUGUUGAGGCGAAGGUCGUUGAUCCGCUCGACCGUAACAAGAUUCUCCCUAUAAAUUCUCGCGGUGAACUCGCCGUGUCUGGAUACCUGCUUAUGAAAGGAUACUGGGGUGAUCCGGAGAAGACGGCGGAGGUGAUGCUGAAGGAUAAAGACGGGAAGGUUUGGAUGCAUACCGGCGACGAAGCAACUAUUUCGCCAGACGGCUACGUCACCAUAACCGGGCGUAUUAAAGACCUGAUUAUCCGUGGCGGCGAGAACAUACACCCACUUGAAAUUGAGAACUGUCUCUUGACCUUCCCCGGUGUCGCGGAUGUCUCUGUUGUGGGGGUCCCCGACGCCCAUUAUGGCGAGGUCGUGGCGGCUUUUGUGAUAUGGAAACAGGCGCAUCAGAAUACGGAAGAGCAGGCAGAGACGGGAGAGAAGCUGAGGAAGUUUGUAAGGGAGAAACUGAGUGCGCAUCUUGUGCCGAAGUAUAUAUUCUUCCUCGAGCCGACGGAUUCAUUCCCGAAGACGGCAAGUGGGAAGAUCCAGAAAUUUAAGCUUAAGGAGACAGCGAUCAAGCUUUUGGGUGGGCACUGAGAGCAGCAUCUCAACAAAUCAGCAACCUGCUAGGACGUGCUGGAGUUGCUCUAAUGUUCCAUAAUAGGUUGCACGAGGUAUAUGCUACUAAAGCAAUCAUUGUUAUGGUUGCGGAGUGGAGAUUAUCUUCUUUUCUUUUGGGGCCCUACGGUCGAAGCCGGGCUCGGCCGUAGACGGCUAUAAUUUUCGGUUGAUACCAGAUUCUGAUCCAAUAUAUAGCAUCUAGCCAGCUAUAGAGAUAGAAUCAUGAAGACCACCCAUGGACAUACCUAGUU